GCCCAUGGGCUGCGGGGCCGAGCUGGCGCGCUGAGCGCGGCGCGGCUCCCGGGUGCGGGCCGGAGGCGAGCGUGAGCGAGGUCUGGCACCAUGCCUGGUCCCACCAAGCCCUAGGCCGCAGCCCCUGCGCACGUCCGGGGUCACCCCCUGCCACCGGCCACACCAUGGCCGGGGACCGGCUCCCUCGGAAGGUGAUGGAUGCCAAGAAGCUGGCCAGCCUGCUGCGGGGCGGGCCCGGGGGGCCUCUGGUCAUUGACAGCCGCUCCUUCGUGGAGUACAACAGCUGGCACGUGCUCAGCUCCGUCAACAUCUGCUGCUCCAAGCUGGUGAAGCGGCGGCUGCAGCAGGGCAAGGUCACCAUCGCGGAGCUCAUCCAGCCCGCCGCCCGCAGCCAGGUGGAGGCCACGGAGCCGCAGGACGUGGUGGUCUAUGACCAGAGCACGCGGGAUGCCAGCGUGCUGGCCGCAGACAGCUUCCUGUCCAUCCUGCUCAGCAAGCUGGACGGCUGCUUCGACAGCGUGGCCAUCCUCACAGGGGGUUUCGCCACCUUCUCCUCCUGCUUCCCUGGCCUAUGUGAGGGCAAGCCGGCUGCCCUGCUGCCCAUGAGCCUCUCCCAGCCCUGCCUGCCCGCGCCCAGCGUGGGCCUGACCCGCAUCCUGCCCCACCUCUACCUGGGCUCUCAGAAGGACGUCCUGAACAAGGAUCUGAUGACCCAAAACGGAAUAAGCUACGUCCUCAAUGCCAGCAACUCCUGCCCCAAGCCUGACUUCAUCUGUGAGAGCCGCUUCCUGCGCGUUCCCAUCAACGACAACUACUGUGAAAAGCUGCUGCCCUGGCUGGACAAGUCUAUCGAGUUCAUCGAUAAAGCCAAGCUGUCCAGCUGCCAGGUCAUCGUGCACUGUCUGGCCGGCAUCUCCCGCUCGGCCACCAUCGCCAUCGCUUACAUCAUGAAGACAAUGGGCAUGUCCUCCGACGACGCCUACAGGUUCGUGAAGGACCGGCGCCCGUCCAUCUCGCCCAACUUCAAUUUCCUGGGCCAGCUGCUGGAGUACGAGCGCAGCCUGAAGCUGCUGGCCGCCCUGCAGGGGGAGGGCGCCUCCCACCCCGGGACGCCAGAGCCCCUCCCGGGCCCUGCAGCCACACUGCCGCCGCUGCCACCACCUACCUCAGAGAGGGCCGCUGCCGCCGCCGCCGGGAGCGCCGCGGCCACCGCCUCCAGGGAGGGCGCACAGAUUGCAGGCGGGGAGACCCCCACGCCCGCCGGCGCCCCCGCCCCGGCCACCAGCGCGCUGCAGCAGGGCCUGCGCGGCCUGCACCUCUCCUCUGACCGCCUCCAGGACACCAACCGCCUCAAGCGCUCCUUCUCGCUGGACAUCAAGUCGGCCUAUGCCCCCAGCCAGCGGCCCGACGACCCCGGGCCCCCUGCCCCCGCGGAGGCCCCCAAGCUCUGCAAGCUGGACAGCCCGUCGGGGGGCGCGCUCGGCCUGCCCUCGCCCAGCCCCGACAGCCCGGACCCGGCGCCCGAGACGCGCCCGCGGCUGCGCCGGCGGCCCCGGCCUCCAGCCGGCUCCCCGGCGCGCUCUCCCGCGCACGGCCUGGGCCUGAACUUCGGCGACGCCGCCCGGCAGACCCCGCGGCACGGCCUCUCGGCCCUGUCGGCGCCCGGGCUGCCCGGCCCCGGCCAGCCGGCCGGCCCCGGGGGCUGGGCGCCGCCGCUCGACUCGCCGGGCACGCCGUCGCCCGACGGGCCCUGGUGCUUCCGCCCCGAGGGCGCGCAGGGCGCGGGCGGCGCGCGGUUCGUCCCCUUCGGCCGCGCCGGCGGGCAGGGCGCGGGCGGCGGCGACCUGCGGCGGCGGGAGGCGAGGGCCGAGUCCCGGGACGCGAGGACCGGCUGGCCGGACGAGCCGGCCCCCGAGACGCAGUUCAAGCGCCGGAGCUGCCAGAUGGAGUUCGAGGAGGGCAUGGUGGAGGGGCGCGCGCGCGGCGAGGAGCUGGCCGCCCUGGGCAAGCAGGCCAGCUUCUCGGGCAGCGUGGAGGUCAUCGAGGUGUCCUGACCGCGGCUCCCCCCCCCCGAAAUCUAUAUUCUAUAUAAUGCAAAGAAAGGUAAAUGGUUUUACUGCGAUUUUUAUCGAGAAGUAAAUAUUUCGAUUUUUUAUUUA